AUGACAUUAUCCGAUGAACAAGUAAAAUCUGAGCUUACCAAAAUGCAAGCUUUCAUUGAAAAGGAAGCUAAAGAAAAGGCCAAGGAAAUUAAAUUGAAGGCCGAUGAAGAAUAUGAAAUUGAAAAGGCCUCAAUUGUUAGAUCAGAAACUUCUGCAAUUGAUGCCAACUACGAAGCCAAGUUAAAGAAGGCAUCUUUAGCUCAACAAAUCACUAAAUCCACCAUCUCCAACAAGACCAGAUUAAGAAUUCUUUCUGCCAAAGACCAAGUAUUGACUGAAAUCUUUGAAGCUGCUGAAGCCGACUUGAAGAAGUUGACUACUUCAAAGGAAAAAUAUUUACCUGUAUUAACUGGAUUAAUUGAAGAAGGGUUAUUAGCAUUAAUGGAAGGAAAAGUUAGCAUUAAAGUUAGAGAACAAGAUGUAGCAGUUGCCCAAGAAGCUAUUGUUGAAGCUGCUGCUAAUUUUGAAGCCAAGGCCAAGUUUCCAGUGGAAAUUGUCGUCAAUGAAACCGAUUUCUUGAGUAAAGAUAUUGCUGGUGGUGUUGUUGUGGUCAAUGGUACUGGUAAGAUUGAAGUCAAUAAUACCUUAGAAGAAAGAUUAAAGAUAUUGUCAGAAGAAGCAUUGCCUGCUCUUAGAUUAGAAUUGUUUGGUCCUUCUGCCACAAGAAAGUUUUUCGAUUAG